UUUUUCCCUCAAGCAACCUGACUCUGGGGUCGUUUACUCACCAAAUAUUUACUAAGAACCUACUGUGAGUCAGGUACUAUGUGUCAGGCCCUCAGAAUAAAGCAAUGAGCAACAGAAGAUCUCUGCCGUCCAGUAGUUGGCAUUGUAUACUCGGACGGUUAACCAGAAUAAGUAAUUAAGAUUAAUUACCUAUCGGAGCCAAGAAAGCAGUGAGAUGAGGGAAGAAUGAGGAGUGCUUGAGGGGCGUGGCAGCCAUAUUAAAGAGGAUCACGAGGCAGUAACAUUUGCUGCAGUCCCCAUGUGGAACGGGAAAUAAUGCAAAUGAACAUCAAGAAAUUCCUUUUCCAUCCCCAGAAGUUUCUGACUUCAAGCGGUCUCCAUACCUUUUGACCGAUCUCGUCACUGGGGAAAGUAGGGACGGGCGUCUAAUUCUCUUUCUCUCCUAUUCUGGCAUUUACGGUAGGCGUAGCCGCGGGCGCGGGGGGACUCAGGGGGGCGUGGGUCCCGCCCCAUCCUGCUCGUGCGCGUGCGCGUGCGCAGGAAUAAGAGCGAGGUAGGGACGGCGCGUGGCCGGCGCCGCUACGGAGGCAGCUAGACCAGCGGUUGGAUGGCGCGGGGCGGGGUGGGGCGAACAGGGGCUCUGGGCCUGGCUCUGCGGCUUCUGCUCGGUCUUGGACUAGGCCUGGAGGCGGCCGCGACCCCGCUUUCCACACAGACCUCCGCCCAGGCCGCAGGCUCCAGCUCAGGCUCGUGCCCACCCACCAAGUUCCAGUGCCGCACCGGUGACUUAUGCGUGCCCCUCAACUGGCGCUGUGACAGUGACGAGGACUGCCCUGAUGCCAGUGAUGAGGAGGAGUGCCCGAUUGAGCCGUGUACCCAGAAUGGACAAUGCCCACCGCCCCCUGGCCUCUGCUCCUGCACUGGCGUCAGUGACUGCUCCGGGGAAACCGACGAGAAACUGCGCAACUGCAGCCGCCCGACCUGCCCAGCAGGAGAGCUCCAUUGCACGCUGAGCGAUGAAUGCAUUCCACUCACAUGGCUCUGCGAUGGCCACCCAGACUGUUCCGACUCCAGUGACGAGCUCAGCUGUGGAACCAGUGAGACCCUCCUGAAAGGGAAUGCCACAACUAUGGGGCCCCCUGUGACCUUUGAGAGUGUCACCUCUUUCGGGAAUGCAACGUCCUCUGGAAGACCAAGUGCCUAUGGGGUUAUAGCAGCUGCCGUGGUGCUUAGUACAAGCCUGGUGGCCGCCACCCUCCUCCUUUUGUUCUGGCUCCGAGCCCAGGGGCGUCUCUGCCCACUGGGGCUGCUGGUGAACGUGAAGGAGUCCCUGGUGCUGUCAGAACGGAAAACCUUUCUGAUCUGAGGACAAACACUGGCCACCACCAUCACCCAGCCCUGGGUGCAGCCAGGCAGGAGGUGAUCAGUGAUGUGGACCGCGAUAUAGGCGUGCCAGCCCUCAGAGACCAGGGCUGUUCUGGCCACGUGGAACCUCCAACCUCAAACUUGAGCUCCUGCAGAAGCGGCCCUGGAGAUUCAGAGUCCCUGAACAUUCCCUAUGGAGACCUGGGGAGCUUGGAUGGGGAACACACUAUAGCCAGAACCGAGGGGCCGGCCCCAGGUAGCUCCCAGGAGGUGGAACGACCCCGUGCUGAAGACACUCCUGCUGCCCCAUCAGAGGGCGGUGAAUAAAGUUGCUUCACAAGCUC